AUGAUGUCUCUGAAUUCUUGCGAAUUGGAUGCCUCACGGGUCGCCUCUGUGGCGACCACCUUGACGGCGUUCUCAGGCACACCAAAGUCCUCACAUAUCCAUUUGAACCGCUUCAUGGCCUGGAUAAUCUCCCUAAUAGCGUCGUCGGGAAUCGGUUUUUUGACGUUCGAGUUUGCGGAAUCCGGCAGCUGGACGUCAAACAGCGAGAUGCCCAGUCUAUCCUUGAAAACACAGGGCAUAAUUCGAGCGUGGUGGGGGGCCUCGGAAGAAAUCGAAAACCGGAUUCCAUUCGACCCAAUAUCCACAAUCGCCGUGAGUGCCCGGCCAACCACUGACGCCUCGUUCUCGUCGUCCAGAAGAUGA